UCAACAGACGGUUACACUGCGGAGCUUUAGGGUUUUUGUUUUGGAGCGUUGACGUUGAAAAAAUCGUCCUUCUAGUGAAUUUUUCAGAAAUUUUCAAUAAAAAAAUGGCAGCCCCGAAGGCAGUUGCGGGUGCCCAGUUGCCGGAGGGAAAAGGAACCUGUGUCCUCUGCGCAGCCGUGGCGGCUAGAGUUUGCCAGCGAUGCGGGGACUUCUACUGCGCCAAGGACUGCCAGCUGAAGGAUUGGCCACGUCAUCGCUAUAUCUGCUUCCCGCUGCCCGCUCUGGUCCACCCCAAAUCUUAUUCGGUGCACUUGACGAGCGAGGAGUUAUCGCUGGAGGAAGCGUGUGCGGUGGUUAAUACUGAUAAAGCCGUAGUAGUAUCAUCUCCAUCUCCAGCCCCCGUUCCAACCAUAAUUCCCGAUAUUAGGAACCUUAAUAUCGGCAAUAACGUCAAUACCAACCGCUGCAUUGCUCCCAAAGGCAUUCUUACUACACCGAAUCCCACUCCGCCAAUCAGCAAUAUCGUCUCAAAUAUCAGCGGCAUCAAAACGAAAAACAAAAAUAAUUCACCACCAAAUGCGAUCAUGCCGCCCAGCAAUAGUCUGGUGUGCAUCACUGGAUUCCGAUCCGCGAAUCGAUGCAACAUACGCGAUGCCAGCGAAAAUGCUGACAGGGCAUUUGCCCAAGUGUGCGAGAAGGUUAAUGCCAUAGGAAAUGAGCUGCCCAAGAUGGUAAAGCCACGUCCUGGUCUCUGCGUAGCUCGUCACAAUGGAAUGUUUCAGCGUGCCAGGGUGAUAAACUUCCUAACCAAUAACAGUGCUCGCCUUUUGUUCAUCGAUCAAGGAAUCACAAAGUCAAGAACAGUUUCGGAUAUGCGGGAAAUUAACAUGGAACUGGUAUCGCUUCCCUGUUUAAGUCUGCUGGUUCAGCUUAAGGAUGUGCCCAACUAUGCCAUCACCGACGAAGUCAUCGCCUUCGUCUCUCAAUUUGAAGGUGAAAAGUUUAUUGCAGUCUACGAAAAAACCCCAGGAUGCAUCUAUGUGGAACUGCUGUAUCCGGAGACGAAAGUGUCGCUUAAUGCAAAGAUACGGGAUUUCUGUUCCAUUAAAAGGGUGUAUGAAAAGCAUAAUUCUUUUAACAACAAAAAGAAUGAAGUGCCAAAGCAGCAGAAUUCUUCAACUCGACAGGAAUCCACUAUAACUAAACAAUCGAUUCCUAAUCCACCAAUAAUUCAGUCUCAAACUACAGCAGUUGUGCACCAGCAACCUGUAACAAAUAUUGAAGCUGACGCAAAAGUUCCGGGCCAAUCAGAGAAUUUAAGUAAGGAUCUCAAAGAACAGGAUUUAAAAAAAAUGAUGUCUUUCAUAGACAAAAAGAAUAAGACAACAAGUCUGCCGCAUUCCACAUCUGGGCAGGAAUCUACGUUUUUUGACUUCUUUAAUAAUAACCCAAAAAACGACGAAACAAUAAUUCCGUAUAUCUCUAUUGACCAAGAGACUAGUCAAGCUAGGAAGCAACAAAAAUCAGAUCCUCGACCAGGAGAAAUAGAGCUUCAGAAGUUCUUAAGAGACCUAGAGGCUAGUAAUGCAAAGAUGCGAGAUGCCGCUGGACAGAAAUUUACUGAGCCUAAUCACACUAAAACCGUUUCUGAAGUCUGUAAAAAUUAUACACCAAAAACUCAGUCUCCUACAUCAGAUAUUGUCUCCCAGGAACCUUUAACAAAACUGGAUGCUGAAGUUAAGAAUCAAGAAGAACGAAUCCCUACCGCUGAGGAUAAUGUAACAGCCGAUGAUCCAACUGAACAGUUCAGCGAGUUUUUCCGCUCAUUUGUGAAUAAAAACGAUAUUCAAGAACAGGAUAUAAAAAAACUGAGUCCAAGAGAAAUAUUGGCGGAAUUUCUACGUUGUAAAGGAUUAAAGGAUGUGAAAGAUUCAAAUAUAUCCGAUGUUACCCAGGAAACUCGUUUAAGUCUUGAAAAGAAAAAGGACAAAGAACCUGAAGAAAUUAAAGUUGAAGAAAUUAAAUUGAUUCGCGACGAAACCAAAUCAAACAAACUUGAAGUUAAAGAAAUUUCUAACCUUUCUCUUGAAUCGCAAGAUAAUGUGUUGCCUGGAAAAGAUGUAGAACUAAUUUGCGCUAAUCAAGAAAUCAAAACAGCUCCUCGAAAUUUAGCAAAAUCUAAAGAUGAAGAAGUCAAAGAAUUUUUAACACAAUGCUUAGUUUCAAAAACUACUUCACCAAGUGAUAAAGCAAUUCCCUUGGGAUUGCCACAACUUAAGGAAAAUUUGGAUUUGCUGUCUAUCUCAAGAGAUAAUCCGCAAGUUAAUGGGAUAGUAAAGCCCAAAAACGAACCAUUGCUCAAACCUCCCUUUGAGCUACGUCGCUUUUCAAUUGAAAGUAAGGAAGGAAUCGAUGUAUUCGUUGUGGAUAAUUCGAAAAUGGCUCGCGGUAUUUUUGGGGCAUUUGACAGCACAUACGCCUUUGAGUUUUCCACCUUGCAUUCUCGCCUGUCGGAAAUUACCAAUUCGGAGCCGUACAAACCAGUCGCAAGAGAAUAUGUGCUUGCCAGAUUCGAGGGCUUGUGGUAUCGUGGCAGAGUGGAGCAGAUUAUAACUACCAAGCAUUUGCAGACUGUGUAUCGUGUGAUGUACCUGGAUUACACCAAUGUGGAGGAUAUAACCGAGAAGGACAUUCGUCGCUAUCCAUUGGACUUCACAACUCCCUGUAACACAAACCUUUGCGUGAUUGAAGACUUUCCACAUAAACCGAAUCCAGCACAGAUUUCUUAUUUAUCGGAGGUGUUGAAGGUUCACCAAAUAGUUCAUAUUGAUGGUAUUAACUAUCUAAACAACAUAGCCAUUGUAACAGCCCGAUCCCUUAUCGCCAAGCUGAUGAGUUUGUAACCCGAAAAUUGCAUUUUGUGUUUCUGCAUGACGAGGCAAAUCGAAAUAUUUUUUUGAACGAAAAAUGGCACCACUAGUGCCAUAUGUUAUUCCCAAAACAAAGCUAUUCCAAAUUUUAGACCCGGCCAAAUAAGCAUUACGUUUGAAAUUAUUUUAAAAACAUUUAUAUAUAAAUAAAAUUCAAUUAAAUAACAA